GGCACCACCUUCCAUGGUUAACACUGAGCAGCGCCAGCAUGCUGAGCAUAUAUUCUUAUCAUUUAGGAAAUCAAAAUCACCAUUUGCAGUUUGCAAGCAUAUUUUGGAAACGAGUAAGGUAGACUACGUCCUCUUUCAAGCUGCCACAGCCGUCAUGGAGGCUGUUGUCCGCGAGUGGAUCCUCCUGGAGAGAGGGAGCGUCGAGUCACUGCGCACAUUCCUCUUAACCUACGUCUUACAGAGGCCUCACCUCCAAAAGUAUGUUCGGGAACAGAUUCUAUUAGCAGUAGCAGUAAUUGUAAAACGAGGAUCAUUAGAUAAAUCAAUUGACUGCAAAAGCAUUUUUCAUGAAGUCAGCCAGUUGAUAAGUAGUGGCAACCCCACUGUGCAAACUCUGGCCUGUUCUAUUCUAACUGCACUAUUGAGUGAAUUCUCAAGUUCAAGUAAAACUAGCAACAUUGGACUGAGUAUGGAGUUCCACGGCAACUGCAAAAGAAUUUUUCAGGAAGAAGACCUCCGUCAGAUCUUCCUGCUGACGGUGGAAGUCCUGCAGGAAUUCAGCAGGCGGGAGCACCUCAGCGCCCAGAUGUCAUCCGUGUUCCAGCGCUACCUGGCCCUCGCCAACCAAGUCCUGAGCUGGAACUUCCUUCCUCCAAACUUGGGCAGACAUUAUAUAGCCAUGUUUGAGUCCUCGCAAAAUGUGCUCCUGAAGCCCACGGAGUCCUGGCGGGAGGCGCUUCUGGACGGCAGGGUCAUGGAGCUUUUCUUUACCGUACAUCGAAAAAUCAGAGAAGAUUCCGACAUGGCACAAGACUCCCUGCAGUGCCUCGCCCAGUUAGCUUCUCUUCACGGACCCAUCUUCCCCGACGAAGGGUCCCAAGUGGAUUAUCUCGCACACUUCAUUGAGGGCUUACUGAAUACCAUCAAUGGAAUUGAGAUAGAAGAUUCUGAAGCCGUGGGGAUCUCCAGCAUCAUCAGCAACCUGAUAACUGUGUUCCCUCGCAACGUCUUAACCGCCAUUCCAAGCGAGCUCUUCUCGUCCUUUGUGAGCUGCCUGACACACCUCACGUGCUCUUUCGGGCGCAGUGCUGCACUGGAGGAGGUGCUGGACAAAGACGACAUGGUGUACAUGGAAGCGUAUGACAGACUGCUGGAGUCCUGGCUGACGCUGGUCCAAGACGACAAGCAUUUCCAUAAAGGCUUUUUCACCCAACACGCAGUUCAAGUGUUCAAUUCCUAUAUCCAGUGCCACCUAGCAGCUCCCGAUGGCACAAGGAAUUUGACUGCCAACGGAGUGGCCUCUCGUGAGGAAGAAGAGAUAAGUGAACUUCAGGAGGAUGAUCGAGACCAGUUUUCAGAUCAACUAGCCAGUGUAGGAAUGCUAGGACGCAUUGCUGCAGAGCACUGUAUACCUCUCCUGACAAGUUUAUUAGAGGAAAGAGUAACGCGGCUCCACGGGCAGUUGCAGCGGCGGCAACAGCAGCUCCUCGCGCCACCUGCUUCGGGCUCUGUUGACAGCAAGGUGCUGGAUGAUCUGUAUGAAGAUAUCCACUGGCUUAUUUUAGUUACAGGCUACCUCUUAGCUGAUGAUACUCAGGGAGAGACUCCGCUAAUACCUCCAGAAAUAAUGGAAUAUUCCAUUAAGCAUUCAUCUGAAGUUGACAUUAAUACAACACUUCAAAUUUUGGGAUCUCCAGGAGAAAAGGCUUCUUCCAUCCCAGGGUACAACAGAACAGAUUCUGUGAUUAGGCUGUUGUCUGCUGUUCUCAGAGUUUCAGAAGUUGAGUCUCGGGCAAUAAGGGCAGAUCUCACGCACCUGCUAAGCCCUCAGAUGGGCAAAGAUAUUGUUUGGUUUCUAAAACGCUGGGCAAAGACUUAUCUCCUGGUGGAUGAGAAACUGUACGAUCAGAUAAGCGUGCCAUUCAGUACAGCCUUUGGAGCAGACACAGAGGGCUCUCAGUGGAUCGUUGGCUACCUCUUGCAGAAGGUCCUCAGCAACCUCUCGGUGUGCAGCAGUGAGCAGGACCUCGCAAAUGACACGGUGCAGCUGCUCGUCACCUUGGUGGAGAGGAGGGAGAGGGCAAACCUGGUGAUCCAGUGUGAGAGCUGGUGGAACCUAGCCAAGCAGUUUGCGAGCCGAAGCCCACCUCUGAACUUCUUGUCCAGCCCCGUGCAGAGGACGCUGAUGAAGGCGCUUGUCUUGGGGGGCUUCGCUCACAUGGACGCAGAGACCAAGCAGCAGUACUGGACAGAGGUUCUUCAGCCUCUUCAGCAGCGAUUCUUAAGAGUGAUAAACCAGGAAAACUUUCCGCAGAUGUGCCAGCAGGAGGAGGUGAAGCAGGAGAUCACUGCCACGCUGGAGGCCCUGUGUGGCAUUGCUGAGGCUACCCAGGUUGACAAUGUGGCCAUCCUUUUUAACUUUUUAAUGGACUUCCUUACCAAUUGCAUUGGAUUGAUGGAAGUUUACAAAAAUACCCCCGAGACUGUCAAUCUCAUUAUAGAAGUUUUUGUUGAAGUUGCACACAAGCAGAUAUGCUAUCUUGGAGAGUCCAAAGCCAUGAACCUGUAUGAGGCCUGCCUGACCCUGCUGCGCGUGUACUCCAAGAACAACGUGGGGCGGCAGAGGGCCGAUGUCACCGUGGAGGAGGAGGAGCAGUACCAAGACCUGCUCCUCAUCAUGGAGCUGCUCACUAACCUCCUGUCCAAGGAGUUCAUAGACUUCAGCGACACAGAUGAAGUGUUUAGGGGUCAGGAGCCCGGGCCAGCAGCAAACAGAUCUGUGUCGGCAGCCGAUGUUGUGUUAUAUGGAGUGAACCUGAUUCUGCCCUUGAUGUCACAGGACCUCUUGAAGUUUCCAACCCUUUGUAAUCAAUACUACAAAUUAAUCACAUUUAUCUGUGAGAUUUUUCCUGAAAAAAUACCACAGCUUCCUGAAGAUCUUUUUAAAAGUCUGAUGUACUCGUUGGAACUAGGAAUGACGUCAAUGAGUUCGGAGGUUUGCCAGCUGUGCCUGGAAGCUUUGACCCCGUUAGCUGAACAGUGUGCAAAAACACAGGAGACAGACUCGCCACUUUUCCUGGCAACACGGCACUUUCUCAAGCUGGUGUUUGAUAUGCUGGUUUUGCAAAAGCACAACACGGAGAUGACGACCGCGGCUGGCGAGGCGUUCUACACGCUGGUGUGCUUGCAUCAGGCGGAAUAUUCUGAACUGGUUGAAACAUUACUGUCAAGUCAGCAAGACCCAGUUAUUUACCAGAGAUUAGCAGACGCCUUCAACAAGCUCACUGCAAGCAGCACGCCCCCUGUGCUGGACCGGAAGCAGAAGAUGGCCUUCCUGAAGAGUUUAGAAGAGUUUAUGGCAAAUGUUGGUGGUCUCCUUUGUGUAAAAUAAACACCAGAGCUUUAUGCUGAA